CUGGAAUUCGGAUUGUCGUUGUGAAAAACAUAAUAAAUCGAGCUGCAAAUCAAGAACUAUCACGAUGAUCAUUCCUGUGCGAUGCUUCACCUGCGGAAAAGUCAUUGGAAAUAAAUGGGAAGCAUAUCUGGGACUCCUUCAAGCGGAGUAUACCGAAGGAGAUGCCUUGGAUGCGCUAGGUCUGAAAAGAUACUGCUGUCGUAGGAUGCUGCUUGGACAUGUAGAUUUGAUCGAAAAGUUACUUAACUAUGCACCGUUAGAGAAAUAAAUUUUAUCUGUCAUGUCGACAUUAACUGAAUCAUUUUUGGAUCAUUCGCAAGACACCUGAUGUGACCUGAUGUACAU